ACAGGACAAGGAUGUGUUGAUAUGUGGUAGAGACGCUCAGCUGAGCUGCACCUGCUGAGAGAGAGAGAGAGAGAGAGAGAGAGCGAGCGAGCGGUGUGCGUGAGUGUAUGAGAGAGGGAGAGGCAUGUGUGUGAGAGUGUGUAUGAGAGAGAGAGAGAGAGAGCGAGAGGGGUGUAUGUGUGCGUGUAUGAGAGAGGGAGAGAGAGAGAGGUGUAUGUGUGAGUGUAUGAGAGGGAGAGAGAGAGGUGUGUGAGUGUAUGAGAGAGAGAGGGAGAGGUGUAUGUGUGCGUGUAUGAGAGAGAGAGAGGUGUAUGUGUGAGUGUAUGAGAGAGAGAGAGAGAGAGAGAGGGGGAAGUGUGCCAGACUCUGUAUGAGAGCAAGAGAGAGGCAAGUGUGUGUGUGUGUGUGUGAGAGAGAGAGAGAGAGGGAGGAAGGGAGGGAGGUAGGUGUAUGUGUGUUUGUCAGAGAGAGAGAGAGAGAGAGAGAGAGAGACUGUUAGGAAGUUUUCCCAUCUUCCGGCAUUGCACAGGCUUGUGGUUUUUCCGCACAGCUGGGAGUGCAGUGCAGUAGAGCAGAGUGGGGUAGAGUGGAGUGAAGUGAAGUGGAGUUGGUGAGGAAGCGGCAGCAGAAAAGCUCAGCACACGUCGUUCUGGAUGUUGGGUAGUUAACAGGAAGCUUAGACAGGUUGAGAUGGUGCAAGCCAUGGAUACCAUCAACGUGUCCUUCUUGACUGAUUCAGAGAGGGAGCUGAUCUUAUCAGUGCUGCAUCGAGAUGAAGAGCUGAGACAGUUAGAGGAACAGCGUGUGAAGAGACUGAAAGCAGAGUUGUUGGACAUCAGGAGGAAGGGAGCAAAGCGCAGCAAUGGCAACUACAGUGAGCACAGCUGUGGACGCUGUCAGGAGCCCCUGGGUCGUCUAGCUGCCAACUCCAACCAGUGCCCAGUGUGCAAACACCAAGUGUGCCGAAACUGUCGCACUGUCCAAGCCAAAGGGUUCUGGCUGUGCAGUGUGUGUGCUAAAGAGGCGGACCUAAAGAAGUGUACAGGCGACUGGUUCUAUGAUCAGAGGGUUAACCGUUUUUCCACAGCUCCUGGACAUGACAUAGUGCGAGCCUCACUCAGGAAGCGGCCUCAGACAAAGAAGCGUGAAACUACCGGGGAGGUGCUGUUGAACAGUCCAGAGUUGAACUCCAGCCAGACUUUACCAGUACCACGGCCCAGACUGAAGGAUCUUGCUCUGGGAAAAAAAAGCCCAUCCAGUGAGCAUCUGCAGCAGAGCGACACAAACUUGGCAGACAAUGCCAGCCUCAGCAGUAGCCGUGCUGACACCGACUCUUUCUCCGGUACUCCAUCGACACAGAGGAAAGAGGUCGUGAACAGUUUGAGUGGAACAGUUUCCACUGCAUCAAGUGUGUCCCCUCCUCCUAAAACCCACAGUCCUUCUGGAUCCUCUACAGGCACAGAGACUUCAUCUUUAGUUCAUCAAAUUAAUAUAUGCCCAGAGUCCCUGAAUGAUGUGGAUGGCCUUUUCAAGAAGAGUGUUAGAAGAGUGCACAAAAUAUCAGAUUUUAAGCCAGCCUCUGUAAUGGACGUUCGCUUUGAAGGGACUGAGAACACCGCAGCCUCCAUGGGAGACAGAAGCAAGUCAGUUCCAGGUCUAAACAUAGAUGAAGAGGAGGAGGAAGAGGAUAUUGAUAAUUUGGUCAGCAUUCACAGAAGGACUGUGGGGGACAGCACCACCAAUCUGCGUGGCUCCAGUAGCACUCUGGGCAGCAUGAUGAGUGUGUACAGUGAGGCAGGGGAUUACGACAUUGUGGACGUCAGUGGGGACAUUGUCUUCUCCCUCCACUAUGAUGAGAACAUGCAAAAACUCUCUGUUCUCAUCAAAGAGUGCAGAGGGCUGGCUUACGCUGACACUGCCAAGAAGAAGUGCAACCCAUAUGUCAAAAGUUACCUCCUCCCAGACAAAUCUCGUCAGAGCAAGAAGAAAACGGCUAUCAAGCGUAACACCAUCAACCCCAGCUACAAUGAGACAUUAAAGUACUCUAUCAGUCGCUCCCAGCUGAUGUCUCGUACCCUCCAGCUCUCAGUGUGGCAUUAUGACCGUUUUGGGCACAAUGCUUUCCUCGGGGAGGUGGAGAUACCACUGGACUGCCAUGAUAUUGACUCAAACCAAGAGGAGUGUGUGACGCUCAGAGGAAAGACGGGCAACUCUUCGACACUGUCACCUUUUUCCCAGUACAAAGGAGAACUGGUGAUUUCUCUAAAGUAUGUCACAGAGGCAAAGGCAGCUGGAGAAAAGCCCAGAGGCAAAAAGGCCAAAGUUGAUGCUGGUGGAGAGCUGCACGUUUUAAUAAAGGAGGCUAAGAAUCUUUGUGCGAUGAAAGCAGGGGGCACGUCCGAUUCCUUCGUGAAAGGAUACCUGCUGCCGUCUACAAGCAAGUCGACAAAGAAGAAGACGCAGGUGGUGAAGAAGACGGUGAACCCACACUACGACCACACAUUUGUAUACAAAGAUGUGUGUCUGGAGCAGCUAAAGGGCAUGUGUCUAGAGCUCACAGUCUGGGACCGAGAAGCCAUGUCCAGCAACGAUUUUCUGGGAGGAGUGCGUUUGAGCUCAGGGGCAGUGCGACUGAAGGAGGGGAAGCGGGAGUGGGUUGCUGACUCAACAGGAGAGGAAGUGUCUUUGUGGCAGAAGAUGAUGCAGUUCCCAGAUUCCUGGGCAGAGGGCAGUCUCCCCCUGCGUUCGUCCAUGGGCAAGUGAAAGUAAAGACGCUGGCAAUGUGCCAAGAUUAGCAAGAAACACAUGGGUUGGUAUUGCAAAUCCUUUGGUGAAAACAUUCCAGUUUUCAAUAUUAUAAACAGUAUAAACACUUCAGACCAGGUGACCACCUAUUUUUAUCUCUUCAGUACAGGCCAGUUUAAGCAGAGAACUGAACUGAAUUUUGUGCUUAUGGGUGCAAUUCAGUGCAUUUAUUUUCUAUUUCCUUUUUAUGUAUAUACAAGUAAAAUCGCAAUAUUGCUAAACGUUUAUAAAAAUGCUGGAGCAAAAAUGAUGCACAAAACAUAAUCUUUAUUGGCAUUCCUCCUGAAUGAGUACAGUUGCCUAAUUCUAAAAAUGUGUAUACAAAGCUGUAAUUAUUUACUGCCUAAUGACAAAGCUGAGUUACUGUAGGUCCUGACUACGAUACACGUCUUAUAAAAACAGCUAUAUACAAUUCACUUAAUAAAUAUUAUAUAAUUUUUUGCACUAUUCCUGUUAGCUGUGCUAUGUACAAAAUACUGAGGAUUCUGAAAUACAUUUCUUAUGUCUAAAAACACAACCCAUAAAAAGGACAGUAUUUCAAUACACAGUUACAAUAUAGACAUCUGUAAUGUGUGCGAAAGCAACACUAUCUAAACAUAGAAAGUAGAAUCCUCGCAAAGCACAGCUUUGCUGUUCAUGGCCCACUUGGUGUUGAUGUGGAGUGAAUCUUUUCUGGCUCAGUCACAAAGGUCUUUGUUUAGCUGCAGCCUCUCUCGCUCCUCCUCUGUGAGAAGAUACUCGUCGAUGUAAGUGUAGAGUUCAUCUGAGGUGGUGGGGUUAAUGAAACGUUCCCGGUCCACACCAAGUUCAUCAAGCAACACCAUGUUGAAGUAUGAGCGAGUGAUCUGUAGCGCCUGCCUGUAAUUAACCCAUACACAAACAUAAUAGAGCUGCAGUUUAAUGACAUUAAUUGGAAAAAAGUUUACAAUUUGUUUGUUUAUCAUUAAUAGUAAAGUUAGAGUGUGUUUAAGGAGAUAGCCAGUGAUACUACAAAUGUUUUGCAGCUAACCUGAGACCCUCAAUGACUUCAGUGUCUAGAAAUUGUUCUUUAAUCCGGCCCACUUCUCGAGGUGGAAUGCCUAUCAAUUCAAUCACUGUCACACGUCGAAGAUCCAGACCACAUCCAGCUCUCUAAGAGAUUAAACAUUGACAUGGUUUCCAAUAGAAAUGUAUUUGUAUUUGAGAUUUCCAAAGAUAUAAAGCUAUUGGACCCUUAGAAGUAACAGACCUGUAGCAUGAUGUUCUGAAGCUUGUAGUACUGGUCAGUUGCACUUGGAGUGGACACAAUGAGGACUCUCCUCUUCUCAUAGAACUGGUCAAGCAGGGCACCAGCGGACCUGAUGUCAGUUUUGAUCUGCAUCACUAAUAAAGGCACCACUUUCAAUAGGUGUUUUCUUUACAUUCAGUCAUUUGCUCUUAUACAAAAUUAAUCAAAUGAGGAAACUCAUUUCCUUUUGAAAAAAAAAAACUCUUUCAUAGAAUAUAUCCUGUUAUUGAAGGUUAUUGUAUAGGUUUUAUUUUAAUGAUGCCUCUACAUUAAAAAAAAAAGAACAAAGUAGCAGAGGAGUAUGAGUUUCCCCCAGGGAUUGGCAAAAAUACAUAUGUUUAAUAAAAAAAAUGGCAAAAAAAUGUAAAUGUUUAAAAAUUACAUACUGCGACUGUAAAAUGUAUUCAAAUAAAUUAGUUUUUUUUUUUUAAUAAAUACAUUUUGUAUAACUAGAACCUUGCUAGCAGAGAAUUUCUAGCUGUAUACCAGAUGUCUGCUGUACAAUCCAUCAAAAUUACCUGUAAGUUAAAAUCAUUUCCUUGUACAAAGUAUUUUAUGCAUUUUGAAAAUAUGCACUUUUAUUUUCCUGUGACCACCAAAUACAAAUUACAAAAUCA